UGAAAAUAAAAAGAUUGAAAAUGGUAACCACCGAAGGCCGGAGGGAAGUCUAAGCAUUCAGAGAAUCCUAAAUGAGGAUGCUGAUGUUUAAUGUUUGAAUUUAAAUUUGUAAUGUAAAAUUCAAUAAAAACAAUUUAAAAGAAAAAGAAAAGACCAAAGGGCUCCCUCUGGAUCCUUUUCUUUCUUUCUCUUUGUUCCACUAGGUGUUUGGCAGGCAAGUGGGAACGGAAGGAGCCCCAGUCACCAGGAAACCUCUGACCGGCUAGAUCAACCAUGUGGGAUGUCUCCAGGAGGUGGGACAGAAGAGGACCUCUGUGAGGACCACGCCUCUGGGGAUCCUCGUAGGCCGCAGAGGCAGUCCAGGAGCAAACCUGUUCCUUGUGGAAUAGGCAAGAUGAUAUUUGCCGGAACCCUGCCAGAGCAUAAGCCCAAGAGCUGCGUCGUGAUCAGCAUGGCACUGAAAAACUCGGGCCUCUACAAGAAGGAGAAGAACAUCGACGGGGCCAUCAUGUACCAGUGCACUGAGUGCAGCGAGAGGUUCACUCACAAGAAGCACAUGAUCGGCCACCGCAGAGUCCACAAAGGGAACACGCUGUAUGACUGCCCCGCGUGCGAGAAGAGCUUCGUCUGGAUGUCAGACCUCACCCGACACCAGAGAAUCCACACCGGGGAAAAGCCGUACGCCUGCUCCCUCUGCGGGAAGAAGUAUGGGUCGCGCUCAGGCCUCAUUCAGCACGGCCACGCCGGCGAGAAGCCCCACCGCUGCCCCGACUGCGGGAAGGGGUUUGUUUGCAAGUUGCACCUCACCCGGCACCAGCGGGUCCACGUCAGCAGGAAACUGUAUGCUUGCUCCGAGUGCGGUGAAAGCUUCUGCCAGAUCUCGCUCCUCUUGCUGCACAAAAGAAACCACGCUGAAGAGAGCCCGGCGGAGGUCAGGCUCUCAUCCUGAACCUCUGGAAUUCCACUGUCCCCUUUGAACUGUUUGCAGUCGUGCAUUUUCUUGUGUCGCUUCUCAGAAUUAUAAUUAGAAUUUUAUUGUUACGGUCACAGACCAGUUCCAGGUCACUUACAAUAUCAGGAAAAUCAUAAAACACAACAGGGAUACAUUGGAUUGCAAUUGGAUAUAACCGAGACAAUUCAGAUAUAGCAGCAGUUAAAAAAAUAUAUUAAAUCUUGAUCACUAAAAUAUAACCUAAAAUUAUCAUUUAAA